AUGGCGAGGGAAAACCGGGAUCUUCCCGGAGAAUUCCAGCGGGGAGGGAGGAUCAGGAAGCGCCGGCUCAAGGCUCGGCCCCGGCCACGCCCCCAAAAAUCCAGGGAAAAAGCGAAAUCCAGGGAAAACGUCAGCGGGAGGAUCCUCCCGGGCCGGAAUUCCCGGGAUUUAAAGCGGGAUUGGGAAAUCCUGGGAUUCUCCUGCCGGAGGGAAAAGCGCCGGGCCGGGAUCCGGGAAUGCCGGGGCUGGUCGGGAGAUUCCAGGGAUCCGGGAGAUUCCAGGGAUCCGGGAGAUUCCAGGGGUCCGGGAGAUGUUCCAGGGAUCCGGGAGAUUCCAGGGAUCCGGGAGAUGUUCCAGGGAUCCGGGAGAUAUUCCCGGGAUCCGGGAGAUAUCCAGGGGCUAUUCCAGAGAUCCAGGGGCUAUUCCAGAGAUCCAGGGGCUAUUCCAGAGAUCCAGGGGCUAUUCCAGGGAUCCGGGAGCCGUUCCCGGGCUAUUCCAGGGUUCCAGGGGCUAUUCCAGGGAUCCGGAGGCUGGUCCAGGGAUCCAGGGGCUGAUCAGGAGCUAUUCCAGGGAUCCAGGGGCCCUUCCGGGGCCGUUCCAGGGAUCCAGGAGCCGUUCCCGGGCUAUUCCCGGGAUCCAGGAGCCGUUCCGGGGCUGUUCCCAGGAUCCAGGGGUUGUUCCCGGCUAUUCCCGGAGCCGUUCCCGGCUAUUCCCGGGAUCGAGGAGCCGUUCCCAGGAUCCAGGAGCCGUUCCCGGCUAUUCCCGGAGCCAUUCCCGGCUAUUCCCAGGAUCCAGGAGCCGUUCCCGGCUAUUCCCGGAGCCGUUCCCGGCUAUUCCCGGAGCCGUUCCCGGGAUCCAGGAGCCGUUCCCGGCUAUUCCCGGAGCCGUUCCCGGCUAUUCCCGGAGCCGUUCCCGGCUAUUCCCAGGAUCCAGGAGCCGUUCCCGGCUAUUCCCGGAGCCGUUCCCAGGAUCCAGGAGCCGUUCCCGGGCUAUUCCCGGCUAUUCCCGGAGCCGUUCCCGGGAUCCAGGAGCCGUUCCCGGCUAUUCCCGGAGCCGUUCCGGGCUCCGCCGCCGAUGGGAGGCGGCGCGGGCGGAGCCGGAGGCUCUAAUUAAGCUCUGCUCUAAUUAAGCUCUGCUCUAAUUAAUCUCUGCUUUAAUUAAGCAGGGAAGCGGGGGGGGCUGCGGGGGAAGAUCCGCUCGUUUUUCCCGGAUAAAAGGAAGGAAUCGCUGCCUUUCCCUUUAAAUCCGGGAUGUGACGGGAAAGGCUCCGCCCGCCCCCCCCGCGCAUCCCGGGAUUCCCGGCGGCCUCCGCUCCCUCCCCGCCC